CAGAGCGAGCUUCGCUUCAUUGGUUAAGCUCCUGUGAAAAGGUGUUGUCACCGAGGGUUCAGCCUCAUUCCCAAGCUCCACGCUCCUCUAGAGCAGAGAGAGAGACUGGGAUCAACGCUUUCUUAUUCUCUGAUUUGAUGAAACACAGUCUACUACUCUGAAUCAGCGGCAGUCCUCUAGCAGAGACAGCAGACUUACAGCGUGUGAUCUACUGUCUGGAAAUGAAUUACACAAGAGUUCUCCAUGCCUUUCGUAAUCACCCCCACACUGCUGUGAUGCCAGUUGACCUCGCCAUGUGUCUGAGCCUCAGCCGGCGCCAGCCUCUUAAUCAGCUGCUGUCAGCGCCUCCUCCGAAACCCGCGCAGCGUUAUUGGCAGCCGACUGACUAUCUGCCAAAGACCAGCCUGCACUCCCCACAUCACUCCUCUGCGCCUUCGUCCUCGUGGCUGGCCGGCUCCUCCGCUGUGCCCUCGGAGCCUCGGAGCUGUUUCCGCAGGGACGGCGGCAGUGCGGGCAAAAAACGCGUGGUGUUCGCAGAUGCUAAGGGACUGGCGCUCACUGCUGUGCGCCUAUUCAUCUCCGAGCCCUCGUCUCCAACCUCUCCUCUGGUGAUGAAGCCCUCGCUGGCCAAGCUGCAAGGCCUGGCCUCAGGCAAACUGCCGCGCCACAAGUUUCGCCUGGGCUUCCCUCAGCCGACGCAGGACUUUAAAGCCUUCCUUGCACGUCUGAGAGAGUCGCGUGUGCAGUUGGAAAGCUGCCACAUUUCAGAGCAGUCCCUGAGUGGCAAAGUGUGCGUCUCCCACGACAGUAUAGAGAAGGCCGUGCACAUAAAGGUGACCUUUGACUCUUGGCGGAGCCAUCACGACAUCCCUUGCACGUUCCUGCAGCAGCAGCGCUGUUGGGGCUCUGACAUGGGUGUCUUCACCUUUGACUUAAGCUUACCACAGAACACAGAUCCAAAGGAGCGAAUCGAGUUCUGUGUGUACUUCAGGCCGGGACCUGGGGCGACGCCGCACUGGGACGACAACAGAGGGCAGAACUAUACGCUGUGCGUGGACAAAGGCCCAUCGGAUGCUAACCAAGGCGACGCCAACCAAGGUUACCCCGCACUGACCCAACACCGGCCUACGUCGUGGCCUUCACGCACGCAGAACUCCGUCGAGCUGCAGAUCUUCCAAAGGGGUUUAUCAAGCAGAGACCGAGCGGAGUGGAAAACUCUGUGUUCAGCAAAGUAGAGACCAGUGGAAUCAGCCCAUAUGUUUCCAACAGAGGCUAUGAGGAUGUUUAAAUAAUUUUAAUAUAUGAUGUAAAUAUAUUUAAAAGAGACGGUUGAAGGAACUUUCUCAAAUGUCAGUGUCAGAUGGUCAAUGUCUACUGUUGAAAGAAAAGAAAAAGCUCACGCUCCUGAGCAGAACGACCCUGUUGAAAUGUGAAUAACACAAAGGUCAUUAAUGUUUUCAUUAAAUUGUUGUUGUUUUUUUUAAAGAA